UCGAUAAAGCAGCAUUUGGAUCGGUCCCCAGAACCGCCGUUGAAAAUGUACAAAAGAAAAUGGUACAACAAGCAGUACUGUGGCGACAACGAGAACGACCCGUUCGAAUUUACCUACCGAGGAAGCGUGUUUGAUCCUUUUGCCGACACGGCGGGCCCACUACCCACGGCGGGAGAACAAGGAGCAUGGAGCGGCGACUCGCUUUCACUGGAGUUGAUUGAGAAUAUCCCGCUACCCGCCCAUCGGCUGUCGGGCAAGGUAAGGCAGCAGUACUUGCAGUACCUGGAGCAAGUGAUACAAAAGAAUUACCGCACAUGGAAAGCAACCAGUUGUUACCGCGACAAUCCUUUCAGUCAUCAAGAGCUGCGCCAGUGUGCUGAGACAAUCGAAAUAAGAGCUGUGCAGGCUUGCAUGAUCACCUCGCUCUACCGAGACUUUUUGCUGGAAAAGAUCAGAGAAAUACGUAAGCAAACGGCCGCCGGUGUGCUACAUCCUAACAUUCUGGACGUAAAGCUGAAUUACGCUUCACUGAAACCCGAACGGUGUCACGUUGCUAUGCAAACCGAUGACUGGGAUGGCGUCUGCAACAACGAUUAUUUGCAUAUCUUGCAAACCAGCAUACCGGCCAUGAGUUUGGAUGACAAAAUGCGAAAGUUCCAUGAAGCAAGAGAAAACCAUGAGCAAGAACAGGCGAGGGUACCACCGCUGGUUAGCGAUUACGAUGAACCACGGGCAUCGACCCCGGCAGUGACACCGGCAGCGGUCGGCAGUAGAAACGUUGCGGCGUCAUUCGAUGAACCGAAACCGGCCCAAGAAGAACUGGACGACGAAAUUCUGAAGGAACUGGAAGCAAUGUUCGAACCGGAGGACGACGAGACGGACAUUUUCGAGUGGAAUCAAGAGCAGCAGCAAGUGAAAGCAAUCAUUAGUGAGAUAGAGCGGGCCACGGUGAUCAAGUGUGAGCAGGCUGUGGACGCAGGCCCGGAUCCUAUUUCGAUACCCAGUCCACAAGUCGAUGUAAAGCUCGAGCUGGUCGAGAUGGAUCCACAACCGGCCACGACCACCAUGCUAUCGUCGGCGGUGGCCAAUAGUGAGGAUUUAAGACGGAGCAUGUGGCCCUGCGAGUUGCAUAUGCAGCGCAUGAAACUAAGGAACCUGCUCGUGCGAAUAGCGGAUGACGAUUAUCGGCGCUAUGAGGCGCUACAGUCGCGCUUCGUGACACUGUUUGGUGAGGAUGACGGCGAGGAGCAGGAUCUCGGACCGUACAGCCCGUCGAUCGAACUGAACGAGGUACUGUUGGCGAGUUGCAGGCAGCGAAUUGCCCGCUGGGUUGUCCAGGCGCUGAUGGGCCCCCUGAAGGACGGACUCAUCGCGAAUCGAUACCUUUUCAAGAAGCUUGCCAAGCGGUUGGCAGAAAAUAUCAUCUACUUAGACCAAUAUCCUGAUAAAAAGUUCAUUCGGCAAUACGUUGGCGAUUACUUUUGUUCUCAUUCCUGCAUCAGAUCGAUCGAUGAUAUUACUUGAAGUAAUCGUCCUAGGCUCUCCCUGUGCCAUGGAACCAAUAAAUAAAGCAAUUGCUUUGUGGACAACUGCA